GUUGGGAGCGCUGGGUCUUACUCCAGAUUAGGUGCUGUCCCCGUUGCUCACCUGUCUGAAAGGCGGCAGUGGAGGCCGUGCCGGUCUCCGCUGCACCUGCACAAUCUGAUGGCGGCGGCCACGCUGAGGGACUUGAUUCAGGUUCCCAUUACUACAGAAGUGCUUACGGACUUAUCACAGAUGAGCAGAGUGUGUUCUAGGGUACCCAUGACUACAGAAGCACUUAUAGACUUAACACAGGACUGUGUGACCUUUGAAGAUGUGGCCAUUUACUUCUCUGAGGAAGAGUGGGGGCUGCUUGAUGAGGCUCAGAGGCUGCUGUACCUCAGUGUCAUGCUGGAGAACUUUGCACUUGUAGCCUCACUAGUUUGCUGGCAUGGAAUGGAGGACAAAGAGACACCUUCUGAUCCUGUUUCUGUAGAAGGAUUAUCAUGGGUCAGGAUGCCAAUGGCAAGUCCUUCAACCCAGGAGACUCAUCCCUGUGAAAUGUGUGUCCCAGUCUUGAAAGACAUUUUGCACCUGGCUGAUCAAACUGGGCAGAAACCAUACUUGAUUGGCACAUGUGCAAACCAUCACCAGAACCAGAAUUGUCAAAACUCAGAGAAAACCUUGAAAGGGGACCUAGACACAGCCUCCUUUGUGAAGAGCUGCAGAUCCCAUGUGUCAGGGAAGGCCUUCACCUGUGGGGAGUUUGGAAAAGACCUUGCAUCCACAUUGCAAUUUCUCCAUCCCCAGGCCAUUCCCAAUGGUGAGAAGCCAAACACAAUCGCUGAGUGUGGGGAAACCUUUCAUACUGAAAUAAACCAUUACAAGUGGGGUGAAUGCAAAAGAGCUUGCAGCCUCAAACACACUCAUAUUCACCACUCAGGAGUCUAUGCUAGAAAAAGGCUUUAUGAAUCUACCAAAUGUGAAGAAGCCUACUGCUGCAAGUACUCACAUGCUCAGCUCCAGAAAGUCUACAAUGGAGAAAGGCCUUACGAGUGUAAUGAAUGUGGGAAAUCUUUUAGCCAAACUUCCCACCUGAAUGACCACCUCAGAAUCCACACUGGAGAAAGGCCUUAUGAGUGUGGCCAGUGCAGGAAAUCAUUUAGCCAAAGAGCCACACUCAUUAAACAUUACAGAGUUCACACUGGAGAAAGGCCUUAUGAGUGUGGGGAAUGUGGAAAAUCCUUUAGCCAAAGUUCCAACCUUAUUGAACAUUGCAGAAUUCACACUGGGGAAAGACCUUAUGAGUGUGAUGAAUGUGGAAAAGCCUUUGGGUCCAAAUCUACUCUUGUUCGGCACCAGAGAACACAUACAGGAGAAAAGCCUUAUGAAUGUAGUGAAUGUGGGAAAUUCUUUACACAAAGCCAUAGUCUGCUUGAACACCGAAUAAUUCACACUGGAGCAAGGCCUUAUGAGUGUGACCAGUGUGGGAAGUCCUUUAGUCUAAAAUAUGGCCUCAUUCAACACCAGUUAAUUCACAGUGGAGCUAGGCCUUUUGAGUGUGACCAGUGUGGGAAGUCCUUUAGUCAAAGAACUACCUUGAAUAAACAUCACAAAGUUCACACUGCAGAAAGGCCUUAUGAGUGUGGGGAGUGUGGGAAAGCUUUUAUGUUCAAAUCCAAACUUGUUCGACACCAGAGAACUCACACUGGAGAAAAGCCUUUCAAGUGCAGUGAAUGUGGGAAGUUCUUUAGACAAAGCUAUACACUUGUGGAACACCAGAAAAUUCACACUGGAUUAAGGCCUUAUGAGUGUGGCCAGUGUGGGAAGUCCUUUAUCCAAAAGUCUGGCCUCAUUCAGCACCAGGUAGUUCACACUGGAGAAAGGCCUUAUGAGUGUGGUAAAUGUGGGAAAUCUUUUACACAGCAUUCUGGCCUCAUUCUCCACCGAAAAUCUCAUAGCAUGGACAGGACUCAUGAAAGAAACAAAUGUGGAAAAACCUUCAGCCCAAAAUCUAACAUUGUUUAGCUCCUGAUAGACCACACUUGAUGAAGAACUUGGGCCUGCAGUGGAUGUGCUCUUUUUUGUUGUUGUUGUUUCUUUUUUCAAUAUUAGAGAGCCUCUGUGAGAGAACCACCUGCAUGAAGUUAAACUUCAGGCUUCUCAAGCAUCCAGGGGGUGAGAGUCCCCAUGAGGUCAGGCCUUAGAAAAGAAGCUGUGCACAUUCUGAACUGACUGGGACCCUUGCCAGUUAUAUCUCUGCUAGCUUCUCUAAUAGAACCAUUUUCCCUAUCACCUUGCUCAGGGUGCAUUGGUCAUCCCAGCAUGCUAAGGAAAGGCAGGUAUCUGUGUUUAAUUCCCUAGAGGAAGUCUUGAUCAGCCUGAAACUUUAGGGAGAAUUUGUUCCCUUUUCUGACAGAUUAAACUAUUCAUAUGACACACAUUUACUAGGAGAACCUGGUCUUCAGUCUGCUGGAGGCUUCCAGGAAUGGCUUCACUUCCUGGAAA